CGACUGUGGCGCCUGCGCGCGCGGGGCCGGCGGGGCUGGGGCCGUGGCGGCUCGUGCCGGGUGAUGCUAGGCGUAUCCCUGGGCUCCAGGCUGUUGCGGGGCGUGGGUGGCAGGCACGGGCAGUUCGGGGCGCGAGGUGUUAGCGAAGGUGGCGCAGCCAUGGCGGCAGGGGAGAGCAUGGCUCAGCGGAUGGUCUGGGUGGACCUGGAGAUGACAGGAUUGGAUAUUGAGAAGGAUCAGAUUAUUGAGAUGGCCUGUCUGAUAACUGACUCUGAUCUUAACAUUUUGGCCGAAGGUCCCAACCUGAUUAUCAAACAGCCGGAUGAGUUGCUGGACAGCAUGUCAGAUUGGUGCAAGGAGCAUCAUGGGAAGUCUGGUCUUACCAAGGCAGUGAAGGAGAGUACAAUUACACUGCAGCAGGCAGAGUAUGAAUUUCUGUCCUUUGUACGACAGCAGACUCCUCCGGGGCUCUGUCCACUUGCAGGGAAUUCAGUUCAUGCAGAUAAGAAGUUUCUUGACAAAUACAUGCCCCAGUUCAUGAAACAUCUUCAUUAUAGGAUAAUUGAUGUGAGCACUGUUAAAGAGCUGUGCAGACGCUGGUAUCCAGAGGAUUAUGAAUUUGCACCGAAGAAGGCCGCUUCUCACAGGGCACUCGAUGACAUUAGCGAAAGCAUCAAAGAGCUUCAGUUUUACCGAAAUAACAUCUUCAAGAAAAAGACAGACGAAAAGAAGAGGAAAAUUAUAGAAAAUGGGGAAAAUGAGAAGACUGUGAGUUGAUGCCAGUUCUCAAGCUGCACAGCCCACCUAGUUCAUCAGAAGCCACUUUAGUGUCUCCCUCCUGCUGGUGACUCGGCAGAACACCUUUUCUAAAGAAAAAAAAAAUUCCACUUACCUUUGCAUCUCCAGACUCCUUAAGCAGACAAGACCUCACUAUUUCUUCUAACCUGCUGUUUCCAGUAGGACACAGCAACAACUCUGUAAGCUUCAGGCCACGCCCACCCCCUCAGUCCAUAUCCGCAUUUGCUUAUAGGCCAUUCUUUUUGUUUGAAAAAUAAA